CUGGUUUACUGGUAUCUCUUCAAAUGAAUUUUAGAUUUAUAAUAAAAAAAUAUUAUCCACGAACUAUUUAUAAUUACCAUUUUAUUACUAUUCAUAAAUACAAGUUUACUUUAACAAUUAAUUUACAAGUUUUAUUACAUUUUGUAGAAACAGGUGACGGUUCUCUGUGGGCGACGUGUCAUUAGCGCGUCAUGACGCACGGUUCACCGGCUAUGGCGCUUCCUGAAUGGGUGAUAACAUUCGCAGCCUCUGCAUCCUUCUUCUUUCUCGUGUGUGUUUGUAUUCGUUUUCGUCGUAAGGUAAAAGUGAUCGGCAAGAAAUAUCUGCACAAAAUAAUGGCUCGUACAGAGAAGCCGCUCUUCCGAAUAGCAUACACGCUUUAUACAAGGACCAGACUGGGCUACAUGUACUACAAGAGACAAAUGAGAAAAGCCCGCGAGCACUACCCAUCGGGACAUUCCUCCACUCAGCCAAUGGAGUUCAAUGGUAUCAAAAUAAUUCCCAUCUCAGUGCUGUCUGACAACUACAGCUAUCUCAUUAUUGACACAGCUUCAAGUGUUGCAGUGGUGGUAGAUCCUGCAGAUCCUCAAUCCGUACAGGCAGCUCUCGAGGCGGAAGGAGUGCUGUUAGAAGCAAUACUCUGCACACACAAGCACUGGGACCACAGUGGAGGAAACAAAGGGCUGAAGCGUCUCCACAGCUCGUGCCGUGUGUAUGGGAGUGCUGUGGAUAACGUCCCUGGGCUCACACAUCCUCUCUCAAACAAGGACACUGUGGAUGUUGGACGGUUGCACUUUAAGGCCCUCUUCACUCCAGGACACACUGUUGGUCACAUGAUCUAUCUCCUGGAUGGCAGAGAGGUCGGAGCCCCCUGUAGUCUCUUUUCUGGGGACCUGGUGUUUUUGUCAGGAUGCGGGCGCAUGUUUGAAGGCACAGCCCCCACAAUGCUGUCAUCGCUGGAUACAGUCAGCUCUUUAAGUGACGAUACCUUCUUAUGGCCUGGCCAUGAAUAUGCUGAGGAUAACUUGCUGUUUGCUGCUGAGGUAGAGCCCCAGAACAGUGCCAGGGAAAACAAGUAUCAGUGGGUGCUGCAGCAGAGAGGACACAAGCUGUGCACGAGCCCUUCCACAAUUGGAGAAGAGAAAGAGUACAACCCUUUCCUCAGGACUCACUCGGCAGAUCUCCACCGGUCUUUGGGUCUACAGCAGCAGCAGGAUGAAGACUGGACCCAGUUCAGAGCCAGAGUACUAGAAGAGCUCAGAAAACGAAAAGACCUAUACAACAGAAGAUAAUCCACAUGCUAAGACUGGGAGCCUGUUAAAUCAUGCUUUAGUAGGGCAUGGGUUGAAUGAAAAGGGUCUACGCACACAUUGCACAACUGUAUAAAUAACUUGUCACCACUUAUUGUGACCUUACUGCAGCCAACCACUAGAGGGAGAUAUUUUUGUUUAUAUUUGUAGUUUAGUGACCAACAACAGUUAGUCCUACUUCUUGUGACCAUAUUGGACAUUAUAAUGUUAUUGAUACUUUAAGACUUUCCUCACCGUUAUCUCAUGAUUCUGGUAGCUUUACAAGUACAGCUUUGAUACACAUCUCAAUCUUUUGGAUCAGUUUAAGUAGAUGGUUUGUUUAAUGAUAUUUAUUUUAUCUAUCUGAAUAUCGGUACUAAAAUUACCAUGCUUGGUACACUUGAAUUUGAAAAAAAUCUUUAUGAGAGUGGCAAUAAUUUUGAGACAAUCUGUUUUUCUUUCUUUCUUUUUUCUUUUUUUUUUUUUUUUUACAGUUAUGGUACAUUUUUGCACACAAGAAUCAGCUAAUGUUUUGAAUGUUUUUUAUGCCAUUCUAUGUAAUUAUUUUGGCUGUGGUACUUUUUGUAUUGCCAUAUUUUCUAAUUUUGCUGUAUGUAAAAUGGCUGAAUAGCUGUUUGAAAAAUGAAUUAUUAAUCAGAAUGGGUAGGAUUUUAAACAUGCUGAAAUGUGAACUGACAUUUGAUUUAAAUGAAGGAAUUUUAAUGACUACCAAAUUAAUGCUUAUUUUGUACUUGAAAGGACUUUCUAACUGUGACAAUGAGUAAAACAAUUUAGGUACCAAAAUGUAGACCUUUAAAAGGUGUGUAAACAAAUAUAUUUUACAUUAAAAAUUGGUGGCAGCUGGAGGCAAAAAUGAAGUGGAACAUAAUGUGAUUUCAAUUGAGAAACUGAGAUUACUGGGAUGCAGAAUAUCACGACAUAUGAAAAAUCAAGAAUGGUUUGGGAAAUGAUAACCAUACAGAUAUGUGCAAUUGAUUUAAUUGGGGAUUAUUAUAAUGGUAUUAUUACAUUUUACCUAAAAAUAUAUUACAUCAUUUGCCACAAAUUGUUUUUUGUGAAGCUCAAAUGGUUUUAUUUCCUUUUGUAAAGUGACACUUCUACCCUAAAAAUUCUAAAUUGGUAUAUGGACAGAUUUAAAACCAUUUAGAUGUGAUCAUUUUUAAUUGUUGAAAAUGUAUUAUGGUCUACUUAAUUUUGCCUCACUUGAACAUUGUGAUGACAUAGUAUUACAAAGGGUCUAUGGCAUACCUAAGCUCAUUCAUAUUUUGUGCUUUGAGCAUGUCUAUUUGAAGUCUGUUUAAGAUGAGACAAAAUGCAAAUGUAUUAACCUUUAAACUAUUAGGGAAUGACAUGAAGGCUUCAGUUGCUCCUGAAGAAGUGCAUCUUGUACCAAAGCACCUUGUCCCCUGGUGAUUGUUGACUAAAAUACUCGACUGAAAGAUGCUUCUGAUACGCAUCUCAUUUGCAUAUGUUUGAGUUACGGUUGCCUCCACAUGGGAAACUGUCUCACUUCAGGUUACGUUUUAAUGAGUGUAUUUGAAAGUAAACUCCUCCAUUUGAGCUGUGUUUGUUGUCUUUAAAGGAGACAGACCCCAAUCUAUUUUUAGCCCUUUUUUGUACUUUACACCAAACAUUUGAAGUGAACCCUACUUUAUCCAUGUGAAAACUGUAAUAAAAAUGUGAGAUAAAUGGGAUAAUAAA